UCAGUGACUCAGAAGUUGAGUUUCUUCAGUUCCUGCAGCACGCCACGUUCAGUCUCGCGCUCAUUUCUGUGAUUUGCUUGUUGGAACCGCAUCGCACCGGAGAGAACGUGUAUUCCCACUCCACUCAGAAGCAGGAGUAUCUCUUUAUCUUAGCAGGUGGAGACAGGAGCGUUGUGAUCAAAGAAUGGAGAGCUCUGGCUGGCAAGAUGUUGAAGAGCCUCCUGGAAGCCAAGUGUAUGAGGUGAUGGUGGUCCAAAACACCACGGCCCCUCACAACUAUCCCUUUGCAGACGUCGCCCUGCUGCAGACCUUCAAGCCGCUUAUCAUCCCCUGUUACGUUCUUGUGGUGCUGGUGGGCGUCUUUGGUAACUACCUUCUGAUCUACGUCAUCUGCCGCUCGAGGAAGAUGCACAACGUCACCAACUUCUUCAUCGGCAACCUGGCCUUCUCAGACAUGCUGAUGUGUGUGAGCUGUGUCCCCUUCACGCUGGCUUACGCCUUCAGUCCUCACGGGUGGACAUUCGGCCGCUUCAUGUGCUACCUGGUGUUCCUGAUCCAGCCCGUCACUGUUUACGUGUCCGUAUUCACUCUCACGGCUAUUGCGGUCGACAGGUAUUAUGCUACAGUGCACCCUUUGAAGAAGCGAAUCUCAAUGGCUGCCUGUGCUUACGUCCUGUCUGGGAUCUGGCUGUUGUCAUUUGUGCUGGUCGCCCCCGCUGUGGCCCACACGUAUCAUGUGGAGUUCAGAGACGAGGGUCUGACAAUCUGCGAGGAGUUCUGGUUGGGCCAAGAGACGCAGCGACUGGUGUACGCCUACAGCACGCUGCUACUGACUUACAUCCUGCCUUUAUCCGCAGUCUGUGUCUCUUACCUCUGCAUCUCGGUCAAACUCCGCAACUGUGUGGCCCCCGGACACCGAACACGUGACCAGGCCGAGGCCCAGCGGGCACGCAAGCGGAAGAUCUUCAGGCUGGUGUCUCUAGUGGUGGCGGCGUUCGGAGUCUGCUGGCUGCCCAUCCACGUGUUCAAUGUCCUGCGCGACAUCGACAUCCGCCUCAUCAACAAGCGCCAUUUCCUGCUGAUCCAGCUCUUGUGUCAUCUGUGCGCUAUGAGCUCAUCCUGCUGCAACCCGUUCCUGUACGCCUGGCUCCACGACCGUUUCCGCACAGAGCUGCGCAAGAUGUUCACCUGCCACCGUCGCAUCGGCUUACCGGCCAACCAAUGCGCCACAGCGAGCGUCGUGCUAUGAUGCCA